AUGGGUAAAUCUUACGCAGAAGAAGAAGAUCGAACUAUUAAGGCCUUAGGAGCCUACCACAGUGGUCAAAAUCGCAAUCUCUGCAUUAUCGCGCGAAUAUGGCGUAUCUUACCAUCGCCUACGCCGCAGGUCUCUUGGGAAGCCAUUCAAAAUUGGCAACCAAAAUCGCCCACGCCUACUUACUGA